AAAAAAAGUACCGUCUGUAGGAACGUGUCGUCUGCAGGGAAGGUCCCAGCGCGAGGCAGCACUUCUCGUGCAGCGGAAGAUCUUCACACUGUCGUCUCGCGCUCUCCCGUCAAGUGUUUCCCGCGUAGAGAUAUCUCUCCAUCUCAAUUGUUUGUUUGUGAUCAGCAGACGAUUGCGAUGUUUUCAAAGGAAAUUAAUUGGACAUCUGCAUUUCUUGUUGUUCACUCUUUUUAACACACACACAAGCACACAAAGAGACACACUAACAUCCGUAAACUUUAAAAGAAAAAAAAAAGAACAACCUAAUGUGACGUCUGCUUAAGACGUUUCCUGUGUAAACUCAAUUCUGAUUGGACAUUGUAAUAUUUACUCCAUAAAGACAGAGAUCGGAUUAUCGAAGAGCAAACUCAAGGCCAGUGAAAUAAGAUAAUUUCAAGAUUCAAAGGUGAUAACCUCAACGCGUCGCCUGCCAACGAAAGCCAGCGCGCCAAGACACAUGUCAGAAGCGCAUGUCAUAAGAAAGGAAAAACCCGUCAAGAACCAUAACUCACUCUGGUUCUAUUUGUCAAACCUGACGUGGACAUCUCUAUCCUCUAUAAUACACCCGUUCUGGAGUCACAUUGGAUAAAUAUGGGAACUUAUCUAACAUUACUUGCUGGAGUGAUCCUAGUUUCUGCUGUGUACGUGACAGGCGAGACUUACCCCAAGUACAACAUUACAGUGGUGUCAGCCAAGUGCGCGGACUCAGGCCUCAUCCCCUGCGACGUGGACAACGUCCAGUGUUUCCACAACAAGAGCAGGUGUAACUCUGUGCCAGACUGUGACAAUGGCCGGGACGAGAGUCCGGAGUUUUGUGAGUGUCGAGGCAAUCAAUUCAGGUGUAAUAUAACCCACUGCAUCAACAUACUGUCCAGGUGUGACGGCAGCAGGGACUGUGCUGAUGGUCGUGACGAGGAGAACUGUGAGUCUUAUCAUUGCCUCCCGACACAGUUCAAGUGUCUGUCUCAACACAUGUGCGUACCACGUGACAAGCAUUGUGAUUACGUCAACGACUGUGGAGAUAACUCCGAUGAACAAAAUUGCACAAUGCCCACAUGUGAUUACUCCCAGUUUAAAUGUAACAGUGGACAGUGUGUAGAAGCAGCUAAACUGUGCGAUGGUCAAUUUAACUGCAAGGACCACAGUGACGAGGACCCAAAUAUCUGUGCCCUCCACUACCGUUGCCAGUCAGGUUUUUAUAGGCUGUCUAAGCACAGAUGUAAUGGCUUCACGGACUGUCCAGUCAGUGAAGACGAUGAGAUUAACUGCGGAAAGCCAUGUGACGCCUCACAAAUGAUGUGCAGAAGUGGGCGUUGUAUUAAUGAGACGAACGUCUGCGACUUCCAUUGUGACUGUCAGUACUGUGAGGACGAAGAAGGAUGUGAUCAGACAUACUGUGAUCUGAGUUCCCACUUCAUUUGUCUGAAGGCCAAUCGUUGUCUUCACAGCCGAUACAUUUGUGACGGCGUGGAUAACUGCAUGGAUAAAGAUAUAGGCAGCGAUGAGAAUUUCUGUUCAGCCAAUAUUACGGAGUGCUUCACGGCCCUGAGGAAGAGUGGCUACUCCUUCCCAAUGUCCCAAAUGUUCCACUGUAAGGACGGCCGAUGCAUGCUGACCAGGCACCAGUGUAACACAGUUCAGGAAUGUUUUGGGGGAGACGAUGAGCUGAAUUGUACCUUCCCAGCGUGUGCUCCUGACGAGUUCCGGUGCGGGGGAGGAGAUUGCGUGAAGAGACAUCAGGUCUGUAACAACCAAAGAGACUGCAAGGAUUGGUCCGAUGAGAAAGACUGCUCUCAAAAGAUUUGUUCAGCAGACCAAAAGCAAUGCAAGAGUGGUCAUUGCAUCCCAUCCCACUAUUGGUGUGACCGUUUCCCAGAUUGUAGGGACGGCUCGGACGAACGUGAUUGUCAAUACAGGAAAUGCUUACCUGACGAGUUAACGUGCGCUAACGGUCAGUGUGUGCCACUGCGCAUGUUCUGUUACAACGGAACUGCGGGUCAAAACAGAGGAUGUCGGGACGGCUCUAAUUUAUUGAACUGCAGUCAACAUACCUGCCAGGACCCACAGAACCAGUUCAAGUGUCACAGAAGUUACUGCAUAGACAAGACACAAGUCUGUAACAAUGUCUGGGACUGUGUCUUCAACUAUUACGAUGAACAGGAAUGCAACUACAUUUGUCCUGCUGGAAGUAAUCUGUGUAUUUGCCACAACCAGGAAAUGUUCUGCGACCACAGGAACCUGACUCAACUGCCGCUGCCGAUCUCCAAGGAGCAAAUUAACAAGUUAAAUUAUCAAGGCAACAAACUUGGCUACAAUCUAAGAACUGACAGUUUGAGUAAAGGCGGAACAAAUAUGGACAAAGUAAUCUACGUAGACUUGAGCAACAAUUUGAUCACUGACAUUCCAGCCUAUAUGUUCCAAUAUAUGUAUAGCGUGAAGACACUAAAUCUGGCGGAUAACAACAUUACUGAAAUCAAGAACGUUUCUCUGAUUGGACUUGGUGCUUUGACCCAGCUAUAUCUCCAUGGCAACGCAAUUCAAUCACUGGACAAGUAUUCCUUCAUGAACCUUUCAAAUUUGAUAACUUUAGAUUUGAGUUCUCAGAGAAUCACCAGAUUGAGUCCACAAACAUUUGUUGGUUUAGACUCCUUACGGAUGUUAAACUUGAGUGGGAAUCAGCUGAAGACUAUAGAGGAUGGAACGUUUUAUGGCUUACACAAUCUUCUGACUCUUGAUAUCAGUAACAACAUGAUACAAAACAUUGGGAAACGAGUAUUUUACAACUUACCAAAACUAACUCACUUAAUCACUGAUAAGUUCAAGUUUUGCUGCCUGGCUAAGAAUGUGAAAUCCUGUCUACCGAUGCCGGACGAGUUUUCUUCCUGUGGUCAUCUGAUGGACAACUACAUCCUGAGAAUAUUUAUCUGGAUCCUUGGGCUCAUUGCCUUCUUUGGAAAUGUGGUGGUCAUCGGUUGGAGGAUCAGAGACAUGAGGGGGCGCAAGGUUCACUCUAUUCUGAUCACAAAUUUAGCCCUAGGUGACCUCAUGAUGGGCAUCUACUUACUGAUAGUGGCCGUGGUGGACACUUACUAUAGAGACGUGUACAUAGCGCAUGAUGAGGAAUGGAGGCACAGUGCCUUGUGUAAAUUUGCUGGCUUCAUUUCUACAUUCUCUUCAGAACUGUCUGUCUUCACGCUAACCAUUAUCACCAUAGACAGACUGAUUUGUAUUAUCCUGCCGCUCAGAAUGACGAGACUUAGUGUAAGGGAAGCAACCUAUACAAUGUUGUUCAUCUGGUUACUGGUCUUUUUCAUCUCAGUUGUUCCCCUUAUGGACAUCCCCUAUUUUCAGAAUUUUUAUGGAAGGUCCGGCGUGUGUCUGGCUCUGCACAUCACGCCGCAGCGGCCGCCGGGCUGGCAGUUCUCUGUGGCCAUCUUCCUGGUGCUUAACUUCGUCUCGUUUCUCAUCAUCGCCCUCUCGUACGUCUGGAUGUUUCUGGUUGCCAGGGAAACAAGAUCAGCAGUCAGAAGUAUAGAGACCAAGAAUGACACAGCCAUGGCAAGGAGGAUGACUCUAAUUGUGAUGACAGACUUCGCUUGCUGGAUACCCAUUAUCAUUUUGGGUUUUGUCUCCCUUGCUGGAGGCAACGCUUCUAAUGAUGUGUAUGCGUGGAUCGCCGUGUUUGUCUUGCCUCUGAACUCUGCUAUCAACCCGGUGCUGUACACGCUCUCCACUGCGCCAUUCUUGAUGAACUUUCGCAGCAGAGUGUGCAGAUUUAGGAAGUCCUCCAUGUCGCAAGAAACGAAUCAUAGCUACGUCGACGAAAGAACGAAUUCCUACAGUGAAAGAAAAUCUCUGAACAAAUCUGGGGAGUCUGUACGUAUGAAGAUUCUGAGAACCUCUGUGAAAGGUCACUCUUCUAACCAAUACCUGAAUGAUCUUUAGAAAUGGAGCUACGGACUUAGCAAGAGAAUAAUCAAUUUUAAUUGACCAAAGUCUCCGUCUUCAGAUAUACUAGUCAACUGAAUGUCACUGACAACGACAUCAGUGUCUUGCCUUGCCGUGGGUUGACAUUCGUCAUGAGUGACUUGUGGUUAGAGAAUGUGAUAUUGAUUUUGACAAUUAAAUAUAAGAGAACCACUAUCUGCUCCAAUAAUUUAGACUAUCUAUAUAUUUCUAAUUCGUAUUCAAAGGAAUUUCAGAAGGCUAUAAAAACAAGGAUUUAUUAACUUAUCUUUUGUUUCUGUGUUUUAUCAAGGGAUGUGAAACAUAAAAUUUCAGUCUUCAAUAUUCCUAUUCAAUAUUCCUAUUUUUUAAGGAUAGUUAAAGAUGUUUCGGUUGUGGUGUUAUAUAUACAUAGUAAUGCCCCUGAAAUAAGUAAUGUAAUUAGUUAUAAUUCAAUUCAUUAAUGUUAUUUCAGUGUUUUAAGCCUUGCAUAUUUAUUCAUAAAUAGUUUUACAAGAAAGAUAAAAAAAAAAGCGCCUGGUGGUGUAAUUUUGAUAAUUUGUUUUGCUGAAUAUGUUAAUACUCAUUGUAGAAAUAAAACUGUAUCAGGACUUAAAAUAAAUAUCGAUUCUCACUCUCAUAGAUCACAAUUUUGAAGAAAAAAAAACGUAACUGACGAAAAUAUUUUUUUGCGGAGUCAUUACCGUUUAAUUGUGCCAAAUUUCCUGAUUUAGACUUCAGUCCAAGGUCAGGGGUUUAGUGUUUCUACUGUGUUGCUGAUUCUGAAUCUCAAGUUUGUAUUGUUUCGAUAAGGAUGCUAAGAUGAUGAUUUUCAUUGAUUGAAUUUCCCACAUGGCUCAAGUUGGCUCUCCGAAAUCAGAAUCUUGUUGCAUUUGCAUAAAGAUUAGUCGAAAAGCCAUCUCAGAAGUGAUUCCCAGACACUGAGUCUCGGUCCUUUAGGUCCAUGGAAACUACCAUAAAUGCACCUAUAUGAAAUCAUCAGUUGAGGGGUCACAGUUCUCUGACACCAUUUACUCGAGCAAGGCGAAAGACAGAAUAGCCAGGGAGGUCAACUACAAUGUGAAGAGGCGUGGUGGAUUUGGCCCAAACUUUCUGGCAAUAUCCACAAUGUGUAAGUUGUACGGUACAUAGAGAUCUAGAUGUCUAUUUCUAUUGAGGAUUGUCACGUUGUCAAUGUUAGCCAUUGUUCCCAUUUAAAGUUUCAGGGAGAACCGUGUCAGGGGAAAUAUUCUAAAUCGAAGAAGCAACUUUUUUAAACAAUUGAAUAAAGAAACUGAAUAACCGAAUGUCACUAACAUUUUAAGAUUUCAAAUACUCAGAAGACUGAUUGAAAGUAUGCAAACCUUACUUAAAUCUCUUUAAUGUUUGUUGAUGGAUAUACGAUACUCAAAGUAAAACCAUGUACAUAUUUUAGUAAUAUUACACAGUUCUUUUAUUUCGACAUAUCACAUAUUCAAAAUGCAUAUGACCAUUUUUACAUCACAUUAUUUAUCAAACUGCACCACUAGAUCCACAGGAUUAUUUAGGUUUAGAAAAGUAAUGUCAGUAAUUUAUAUUUUAUAAAAAGAUAUGAUUUUAGAUUUGUGUGAUUUACUUAGAACCCCCGUGACGUUCGGCGCAUUUGGCGAGUGAUCUGUCACUGGCAAUGUCUGCAGCCUGUCCACUGCCCUGAGUGUCCUCCACGAAAGUUGGCGCCACGUUAUUCGAGGACGUCUCUGUUUGCGCUUUCCUCGUAUUGGCCUCAAUGUCAUCGCAACUGUAGUGUGGACUAUUCAGUCACUGUGCAUUGGAAAAGUAGGGGAAGUUAUGAUAAUACUAGAUAGUGCAGAUCAUGUUGUAUUUUAUAUUAAGCUCAGUACAUUCAGACACUUGUUCAAUAUUUCAGUUCAGAUUCAAAGGUUGCUACCUCCAUUAUUAUCAUUAUUAUCAUCAUUAAUAACAGCCAAUUAUUUAUAUCGUGAUACAAAUCGGUCAAAGUAUUUGUUAUUCAUACUUCGAUCAGGUGACACAUUAUUUGUUCAAAUGUAAUUGUGUUCUAGAAACAAUAAUCUUACGUGUACAUUGAGGUCCUAGAAUAUAAAGCAUGAUUUGUGUGUGUGUGUGUGUGUGUUUAAGUGUGAUAAUUGUGUAAUUAUGCUAAGUAUUUAUUAUUUCUUUUUUGACCUAAUCAAUUUUCUCUCGAUAUUUCUUCAUUAAAUAGAUGAUUUUAAAAAAUAACAAUACAUGCAUUAACAUGGCAAAGCAUUCUUAUUUGAAUGCUAGUUUCACAUGAUAUGAUCUAGGAAAUCAAACUCCCUAAAACACUACUAGAGAAUAUAUAAAAACGACACUCAGUCAACAGCGAAAGCUUAUCAAAUGGGUUAAAAGGCAAGUGGAAAACAGUUUUCUAAAAUUAAUUUUCUGUGGCUUUAAAGAAUGAGCGAAAGUAGGGCGUAAUUAUCAUAAAUCUGUCCCACAAUGCAUUAAUACAUUAUUUUACGUUUGUACCAAUAUGAAUUGUAUCUUUAUAUAUAUAAAUAUUGUAAUGACAUUGUGUAUGUAUUUAAAAUGUGUAUGAUGCAUUUGCAACUAUAUCUUACUCUAUGUCAUUCGAUGACAACUGAGAACAAACUUACAAAUGUACAUUUUCAAUUCAUGUUGUACGUAGCAAACUAAUGUUCGUGAAAUGAAAUAUUUUUGAUAACUGUUUUCUUCAACAAAUGCACUGACAUUAUUGUGAUAUAGCGAGACACAGACACCUAACCUCAGUUAUGAGCUCACGCAACGAGAGGAUCGACAAUGUUUAUAGAGAUAAAAGAAGUGUGGAAAAACAAUGUACGAACACUAUGACCAAUAUUUUGUUUUAAAUUUAGUUUAUUAAAUGAUGGUUUACUUGAUAUGAUCACGUGCCAUACACACAUAUUGUCGAUAUGAUCACGGUGUAAUGAAAACUAACUGAACGACUAAAACAACUCAAUGAGGUUCUGCUGGACAAUAAAAUUAAUUUCUUAAUAGUU